UAAAAUUGGGCAACCAAGUAGGAAAAUAUCAGAAAAAAUUAAAAUAUCAUAAUUUUAAUAGAUUCUUUUAGGUUUAUUCAGUGAUUUUUAUAGACGUUUUGUGUUUGACUUAUGGAAUCUGAUCUGGAAAGUGCUGUUGAGGAGUUGUAAGGGUUAACUUUCUUUUGUUUUGUAUUAUUUAUUUGCACGUUCAUAUUAUAUUAUAGAAUGAUAUAUUGUCAUGUGACCAAUGGACUAAUCUGAUAUUGACCAUUAUUUUGAUAUAAACUUGGUUUAUUUUGUGUUUUAGGAUGCAAGAAAGAGGGGUAGUUGGUGUGAUUUGCACAAAUCAAGAAGGCCUUGCACUUACUGGUAUUGACUUAAAACUGUAGGGAUGUGCGGUCUGCCGGAUAGGGAUAUACUGAUAUCCGGCAAAAUAUAAACAUCUUGCACUAUCUGGUGGCCGGUAAAAUUUGCCGGACGUUUACCGGAUAGUACUGGAACUUUUAUUAUAACCACAAAAUUGUCUGCUCUGCUUUAAGAUAUUGUGAAACACAAACAACUAGUCUACUAGAUAUGUGACACAUUAAAAUGAAAUUCCAGUUAAGUUUUUUGUGGUAUAAACUGCUCUCUGCUUUUCUUGUCUGAUGAUCCUUGUGCCACAUACUAAACAGACAUUACAAUAUUUUAUGACAAAAAGAUAGUGACGUAUUGUCCAAGUUCCACCAUCAGUUAUUACCCAGUAGAGUGCUAUCCGGUACCAUCCGAUAACUGUCAAAGCAGUAUCCAGCACAUCCCUACUAAACUGUAUUUCUAUUAGAUAGUUCCCUGACUGGAAAGUUUGGAAAUUUCACAUCCGAGAUUUAGAAAAUAUAGAAAGUAUUGAAACUGGACAACUGCAUAAAGAAAGUGUCUGCAAAGAGUCUAUUAGUAUUAAGACAUGUUUUUUUAUCAUUUUAUUUUUUAGUUGAUGGGUCGGCAUCAGAAGUACAUGCUGGUUUAGUGUCGGGUAUUGCUCAGGAAGCAAGAAAACUUUUUCCUGAAAUUGAUUUAUCACCAAUCGUUGUCCUAGAAUCUGAUACGUGGUAAGAAACUGAAUUAUCACACUAAAGAGCACAGGAGUGAAAAUCUCGUAUAAGUGCAUCAACUUUUCUUUGUUUGUUUUCUAGUAAUCUUUUGAUCAGAUCCCACGAAGGAACGACGACCGGCGUAUUCAAAGUCCCAUCGUAAUUAAUGACAUUGAUAACAAUAGAAGAAAUAACGAACAUUUAAUUAGUAAACUAUGUACAUAAAUUAAAUAAUGGUGAAUAAAAGAUUUUGAUAAAUAAACAUUAUAGCUGGAUUAUUGGGGAGUCAUAUUUAGUUUAUUGAAG